UCCUUUAACGUGUUUCCUCUCUCUCCUCUGUCACGCAAGAAAACAUAAAUAUGAUCACUUUAAUUUUCUCUUCUCUCGGGACUAACUAAAAAAGAUUCAACCAAAGUACCAAGAACACUUGGAGCAACAAAUACCCAGAAGUCUCUGCUUCUUUUGAACUCAGUCAGAGUGGUGUUUUUGUAUAUGAGAAAUUGGACAAGACCCUGAUGUCAGAUUGCGUCAAAACGACGGUGGAUCCGCUUUUGAAAGAUUUGGAUGGGAAAAAAGAGAGCUUUAGGAGAAACGUUGUGUCUAUGGCAGCUGAGCUUAAGCAAGUGAGAGGUCGUUUGGUUUCUCAAGAACAAUCCUUUCUUAAAGAAACCCUUUUUAGAAAAGAAGCAGAGAAGAAAGCUAAGGACAUGGAAAUGGAGAUCUGUAAGUUGCAGAAGAAGUUGGAAGAUAGAAACUGUGAGCUUGAAGCUUCAACUUCUGCUGCUGAAAAGUUUCUUGAAGAAGUAGACGAUCUGAGAUCGCAGCUAGCUUUAACAAAGGAAAUUGAAGAAACAAGUGCUGCGUCUGCUCAAUCCGCACAGCUUCAAUGCUCGGUGCUUAAAGAACAAUUUGACGACAAAACACGUGCUCUAAGAGAACACGAAGACCGUGUAACUGAGCUCGGUCACCAGCUUGAUAAUCUUCAGAGAGAUGUGAGGGCAAGAGAAUGUUCUCAGAAACAGCUAAGAGAGGAAGUUAUGAGGAUAGAGCAUGAGAUCACUGAAGCUGUUGCAAAGUCUGGGAAAGGCACAGAAUGUGAGCUCAGGAAACUUCUGGAAGAGGUUUCUCCAAGAAACUUUGAGAGAAUGAACAAGCUAUUGGCGGUAAAAGACGAAGAGAUUGCUAAACUAAAAGAUGAUGUAAAGUUAAUGUCAGCUCAUUGGAAACUCAAGACAAAGGAACUUGAAUCUCAGGUUCAGCAUCCAUAUCUGUCCUUAUUCUCUUGUUCUGUUGGAUUUCCCAGUUUAUUAUCUGAAAGUUUCAAUCUUUGGCUGAUAAAUGAACAUUUUCAGCUGGAGAGACAAAGAAGAGCAGAUCAAGAGUUGAAGAAGAAGGUACUGAAACUAGAGUUUUGUCUGCAAGAAGCUCGUAGCCAGACAAGAAAGCUACAGAGGGCGGGGGAGAGGCGGGACAAGGCAAUCAAAGAGCUAAGAGAUCAGAUUACCGGAAAACAGCUGAAUGAAUCGGUUUCAGGGGAGAAACCAAACUUCUGGGAUACUUCAGGGUUCAAGAUCGCCGUGUCAAUGUCGAUGUUGUUAUUAGUGAUUGUCUCCAAAAGAUGAGUUCUUGUAUCCUGAACUCUCUUUUAUUUUUGUUGGUGUGUAAAUGCAGUAGUUGCAGAUAGUAGUAGUAGUAGUAGUAGAUAAAUGUUGCAUAUUACUCUAUGAGGUUAGCGAGGAGGACUCUUACUUCAAUUAUUAAGUUAUAAAAUUGAACAAACACAAGAAUCAACUUACAUUGAUUUAAC